UGUGCCGCCCUAUCGAAUGUCGUCGUUAUGAUGCCUUUUUACUCUUCCUGCGACUGUUUGUUGUUUGAAGUUUCUUUUAAUGUACUUACUUUGGAUACUUUUUAAUGUUUUUUUUUGUGUUUAGUAUAACGUGGAGUGCUUUUAAACAAUCGGAUGGCUCUUUAAAAGACUUUGACACGUUUGUUUAUACUGACUACUUUUGAUAAGUGUACAUUUUGAGUGCGAGAUUUUCGUUAGUGUAAAUCCCUACGCACAUCUAAAGAGCUUUUAUACUAUCAGAGAGUAAAGAAGGACUGAAGCAACACUGCUUGCUCUUUGUCUUGCCAUGGCGGAAGGAGCGUCUAUUUCUAGCGGAAUCAGUCAAAGUUCUUUUACCUCUCGGGUGAAGAAAACAAACAACGGCAGUGUUAGUGUGAACGUGCGACGAAACAGCCGACAAAGUCACAAGAAGGACAUCUACAGUCGGGUUGUUCUGGAGAAAGUUCUGGGUAUCACCACCACCAGCAACAGUGGCUUGGCCUGUGACCCUAAUACAGGCACUGUUGCGUACCCUGCAGGAUGCGUCAUCGUGGUCCUAAAUCCAAAGACUAACAAACAAAGCCACAUCUUUAAUACAUCAAGAAAAACCUUCAGUGCAUUGGCAUUCUCACAGAAUGGCAAAUAUUUGGUUACUGGUGAGAGCGGUCACAUGCCAUGUGUGAGGGUGUGGGAUGUGGCAGAGCGUACACAGGUGGCAGAGGUCCAGUGCCACAAGUAUGGAGUAGCCUGCGUUGCUUUUUCUACCAACAGCAGCUACAUCGUGUCUGUAGGAUUUCAGCAUGACAGAACUGUCAAUGUGUGGGAGUGGAAGAAGGGUACUGUUAUUGCAUCCAAUAAAGUGUCUAGUCGUGUGCUGGCUGUCUCCUUCUCUGAGGACAGUAGCUACUUUGUCACUGCAGGAAACAGACAUGUGAAGUUCUGGUAUUUGGAUGCCUCCAAGGAAAGACAUGUAAACAGUACAGUGCCCCUGAUUGGUCGAUCAGGCUUGCUAGGAGAACAUCAGAAUAGUGAAUUCUGUGAUUUGGCAUGUGGUCGUGGCACUAUGUCAAGUAGUACCUACUGUAUCACCCAUACUGGUCUUCUGUGUCAAUUCAACAGCAACCGGCAGCUGGAUUUAUGGGUUGACCUCAAAACAUCUUCAGCACGCUGUUUAUCUGUGAGUGAAGCUUUCAUUUUUUGCGGCUGUGCAGAUGGCAUAGUGCGGGUAUUUAGCCCACAAAACCUCCAUUAUAUCACCACACUGCCUCGGCCCCACUAUCUUGGAGUGGAUGUCUCUCAGGGCAUGCUGCCUCGGCCAGAGGCAGAGUAUCCAGAUACUUUGGCCCUGACACAUGAUCCUGUAACAAGCCUCCUGAUGUGUGUAUAUAAUGACCACAGUGUGUAUGUUUGGGAUAUACAUGAUCUAAAAAAUGUAGAGAAGGUCUACUCUUCCUUAUACCACAGUGCUUGUGUCUGGAGUGUUGAGACCUACCCAGAGUUAGAAGCUGCAGCCUUGUUGCCUGGAUCUUUUCUUACCUGUUCAUCUGACAACACCAUUCGUCUUUGGAACAGUGAUUUUCAGCAAAACCAAAGCUCUAACAUCCCUAGCCAGAAUUUGGUGAAGAUUGUAUAUGUGGAUAACGACACUGAGCACCUUAAGAUCCCGCCAGAUAAAGCAGAGGGCAACCAAGAUGGCAAAUUUGGAAUCAGAGUCUUAGCAAUCAGCCCUGAUGGGCAGCACCUAGCCACUGGAGAUCGCAGUGGAAACUUACGGGUCUAUGGACUUCAGUUCAUGGAUGAACUUUUGAGGAUUGAGGCCCAUGAUUCUGAGAUUUUAUGUCUGGCCUACUCUCCAACAGAGACUGGCGUUCAUCUAUUGGCCUCAGCCGGUCGUGAUCGGCUUAUACAUCUGUUUAAUAUGGACAAAAGCUACAGUCUUAUACAGACUGUUUAUGACCAUUCGGCAUCUGUAACUGCAAUGAAAUUUACAGGUGUAGGGUCAAAGGUGUCCAUGGUAAGCUGUGGUGCUGACAAGAGCAUUUACUUUCGCUCUGCUGAAAAGACUUCUCAGGAGCUGCUUUUUUCAAGGUCCCAUCACGUGGUGGAGAAAAGUACAUUAUAUGACAUGGACCUGGACGCCACACUCACACACACUGCCAUUGCUUGCCAAGAUCGUAACAUUAGAGUUUAUAAUGUGAAGAGCGGCAAGAUGAAAAAGUGCUUUAAAGGCUCCUUGACUGAUGGCCCAGUGCUUAAGGUUCAACUAGAUCCUUCCGGGAUGUUCUUGGCCACCAGUUGCUCAGAUAAGAGCAUCUGUGUUUUUGAUUAUGAGACUGGAGAAUGUGUGGCAACCUUAUUUGGGCAUUCUGAACUUGUGACUGGCAUGAAAUUUAGUCCAGACUGCAAGCAUUUAAUCACUGUCUGUGGCGAUAGCUGUGUAUUUGUGUGGCGGCUUUGCUCGCAAAUGACUAACUUGAUGCGAAAGAGACUGGCAGAGAGGAAAAGGAGAGCAGGAAUGAGGAACUUGAACAGAGUUGCUUGCAAACAACAAACCAUUAGGAGAGAAACCUACAUUUCUGUACCAUGCAGUGCAGUGGCUCAGCCAAAAGAGGGAGAAACAAACAGCUUGCUGGGGGAAAAGGAGGAUCCUGAUGAUCCCAAGACACCGGCCAGGCUGGACACUACUACAGAGAAUCUGGAUAUUAUCAUGCCACAGACCAAUGGCCGGCUCCCUAUGUGGGCUCGAAGAUUGGGUGCUGGAGUUGGGAGCAAUAGCAGUGUGGACCCAGAGAGAGUUCCUCAGUACCAGCCACAGGGACGCUGGGCUGCACAUGCUGAUCCAUUCGCUAUUCGAUCAGUACUGGAGACCAGGAGUCUUCAGCUCCCUCUCUCUGACACUCCCAGACAAGCAGGAGAUAAUGAGGAUAUAUGUGUAGAAGAUAAGGAGGGACAAGAAGUGGACUUUCACCCUCAGAGCCUUGACAGUCUUUUAGAUGAAGAACAAGUGGGAGGUGAUAUUGAUGAAGAAGAGACUGAAAGGAUGUCUGAACAGUUUAGUUCUGUCCUGCAAGACACAGACUUGCAGUAUUUUAGCCCAAACCUCAGCACUUCAGAAAUCAAUGACUAUGCUCUGUACCCAGCCAACAGCACUGCUCUGUCCACCAUAGGAGAGGGGGAGUUUGAUGUGAAGGCACUUUGUGAAGAUGUCGAAAUUGACCCAGAGGAAGAGGAGCUGAGUCCUGAUAGUGCCUGCUCAGCUGAGAGUGACCCGGCGCAUAGUGACCAGGCACAUGACCAAGAUACCGACUCUCUCAGUCAGGCCAGCUCCAUGGGGAGUUCUGGAGUGGAAGAAGAGGGAGAGGAAGAUGAAGAGCCUGCAAAUCUCCUGCCCCAACACUAUGACUCUUUAGCAGGGGGAAAUAAUGAAAAGUUCAAUACAGACCUUCGCAAUCUGCAGCCUUCCAAUGAGAACUUCCUCAACCCUAGGCUAAGCCUUUCUACCCGUUUCCUCUCACGCUUUCAGAGCCGCAUACGUGGUACUGUGUCAGGAAGCAGUGGUAUGUGCAGACCUGGAGUUCGUCUGCCUAGUAUUCCAGAUGAAUCCAGCAGUAGCAUAAGGGAGACAGAGGACAAGUCACAAGUAAUUCGCAAGACCUGUAAUUCAAAUGCCAUGAGAUGUGAUCAGAUGAAAAGUGGGGAAGCUUUCAUUUCACAAAAGGAUGACAAUGGUGAUCCAGGCAUAUUUGUCCCCAAACCUGACGUGACUUUCGAUAACCCAAAAUUCACCUGUCUGAGUGACAUGGAUAUUACCAGUGCCAAGACUGAAUCUACUAAUGAGAAAAUCAGUGUGUCUUCUGAGCAGGGAAAUAAUGGAUGUGAGAGGCCCCUGAAUACCUUGUUUUGUAAUAAAGACCUUAGGGUGAUUGAAGAUGGUAAGGAAAACCUUCCUCCUCAACAGCCUCUUGCCUCAAAGACACAUUCUCAAAUUCCACCACUUACUCCGGCAACUCCUGCUCUGCAUAAUCUCACUGCCUGCACUACCAUCCUCCACUUGGACCCGUCUUCCCCAUUACCAUCUGGUGCUUUGAAAAGCCAGGUGGAGUCUAUUAAUUCUUUGUGUAGACAGGACAUGGUGAGUCCAACAGAGAUGAUGUUACUAGAAAAAGAGAGCCAAAGGCAGAUGCCCAAGAUGUCUCACAGACUCCCAUCUAGCCUAAUGAAAACACCAGUUAAAGACAGCUCUCUUGUAACACCAGGAAAGAAUUUGGAAAAUACACCAUCCCUGGCUCAAUGCAACACAUCAAAAUCAGCAAUACCAGUGCACUUACUAGAUGAACCCAACCCUGUAGUCCCAGAUGAGACAAUAAAUCUGCAGGAAUGUAAGGAAAUUGUGAAUGGCCUCCAGCACACCAUGCAGAAAGCAGCCAGCGUUUACAGCAAAUUGCAGGACAUCAGUGAGUUGUCAGAACAGCAGACGCAAAUGAAAAGCAUGCUACAGGAGGCCUUUGGUGGGAUUCUACGGGAGCUUCAUGCUCUUUGUCCCCAGGAUCAGAACUCGGCUGACCUUCCACUUCCAGAAGAUUCUCCAGGUCGUCAGCUUAGAGAUGAUCGUGCUAUGGCCCUUCUAGAGAGAUACUCUGAAAUGCUACUGUUGCGUAUGGCUGAAAAGAAGGUGAACAAUAAUUGAGCUAUCUACAUAUGGCUCAGUAUGAACAGUUAAUUUGCUGCAAUUAUUGUCAGAGCUGAUGCUUCCUUGUCUGUUUACGCAUAUGUACUUAAUUUUUGCACAAAAUCGAGCAUAUUUUGUUUCCUUUUCUUGCGUAACUGCUUUAAUUAAUUGCAGUUGUCUUCAGUAUUUCAUAUGUCCAGCCUUUCAGUUCAAAGCACUGGUUCGAUUUUUGGUAGCAUUUGUCACAAAUUAUUUAUUAUUGUAAUUUUUAUUUUUUUUUUAAAGCAAUACCCAUUGCCCAUUGCGCUGGGUUUGCCUAAUUCUUAUUUUUUUUAUUCCAACCUUUCAGAAAGCUUUUUCACCCUUGUAAACUACAAAUGGGUAACAAAUUAAACAAACAAACAAAAACACUGUCUUAUUAAGGUGUUGGGCUGUCAUAAGAAACUUUUAUAGCAUUUUGGUGCAAUAAUAGUGAUGAUAUGGUACGUCAUUAUUUCAUUUCAAGUUGAAACAGUAUUAUUCCAGUCGAGUACUCCAUAAGAGACAUACCUUUUCCUUUUAAUAAGAUCGUUGCAGUGUUGAGUUUUUGACUUGUUUGCUUUAUCACAUUGGUGAUUUCACUCAGUCACAUCUAUGCGUUCUGCUUUCUGUUGUCCCUGUUUUAAGGACCGUUGCACAAAAACCUUUGAACUGGUCACAUUGUUUCUUUCUUCAGACUGCAGUGUCAGUGCUGCAGAUGUAUUUCUGAGUUGUGCUUUGGCUUUGUUUUUAUUGACAAUUUUAUUAAAAUAUUUGUAAAAACUUUUAAACAGUUGACCUUUUAAUAAAUAAUAAAGA